ACUAAUAUAAACAAGAAGCAGCUUGCUUUUACUAUACUAGAUUUCAGUAUCAGAAUACUAUUAUUCGGUAUUCUCUUUAAGUUUGCUGCUGAAAUAAAAUGGCUUAUAUGCUGGGCAACCAGGCGUACAUUGAGAGCCUGCAGACAGAUGUUAGGGACUUACAAUGGACCAUUCGAGAAAUAAUCUCUAGAGUGGGUCCUCUUCCAAACCAUUCCUGGAAAUUCCCAGAUCAGCAAGCAUGUGACUUAGAUAUAGAUGACCUGCUUGACCUGUACAGUACUGAUACCAGUGAUGAAAUGGAAGAUAAGCAAGUGGCACACAUUGCUUUAUAUGAGUUGGUCAUUGACAGGUUAGUUUUCCUGUUGCAAACUACAGCAGAGUUUAUGGAAAUGCAGAUACAUGGUGGGAAACAAAAGCAUUUUCCAGAACUAAAUAGUGUAGAUAGCUCCUCCUCCUCUGUGGGCAUAGUAGCCAAACAAUACUGGUCACAUUUAAUGAAGUCACACAUGUUUAUUCAACAGCUGCAGUCAGAGAAUAAAUCCAAAACAAAUAAGAUUGUAGAGUUUGAAAAAGGAAGUGAAAGACCGCAUAAUCCAAGCUACAGCAGGAUAGCUAAUCUAAACCCUACCCCUGGCACAGUCGGAAUAGUUCCCCCUAAUAAUGCUGAUUUGGUUAGUCAGGGGGCAUCACCAGUUCCAGAGAAAAAAUUCGUCCACACUAUAUCUGAAGACAUGAGCAAUAAAUCCUGUCAGACGUACGAGACAGCAUUUGUCCCGUGUGAAACAUGUGACUUAAUUCAGAAAAAAAUGCGGGAAGGGAGUGAAGUUGUCAUAAAGUCUUGUAUAGACCAAGGACUGCCGUGUUCAUUGAAGAAGUUCAAAAAUCAAGUCAUACAUGUUGAGUUGUUAACAUUCAGUGAUGUGUGUAGGUGGAUGGCUGAGCAAAAUAAGGACAUAGCUCGGAUAGCUAAGCAGAAUGAAAUCUUACAAGCAACUGUGAAGCCGCUGAAAGAAGAGUUAAAGCAAGCUGAGGAGAAAGUAAAAAAUUUUGAUGAAAAAUUUUUAUCGUUUGAAAAUAAAUUUUUGGAAGAGAAAGAAAAUAUAACGUUUCGCUGUAAACAUUUUGAGAGCAAAUUGAAAGAAACUGAAAAGCAAUACCAGCAAAAACUAGAAGUGGAGACUAAAAAAAAGGAAUCUGUGAUUGUCGAGAAAGAAAACAUUGAGAAAGAUUUGUUUGAUGUGAGGAUGCAGCUGAAUGAACAAAUGAAAGACAUGAAGAACCUGGAAACAGGCUUUAAAGUUCUUGAGAUUGAGUUGGUGGAGAAAACCAGAGAGGCUGAGAAGGCUGGACAACUGGCAGAAGAGAUGAUUGACCUGAAGACCCAACUGUCUGAUGUAACAGCACAGAUGAUUGGCUACCAGAAAGCUUUGGCUAAAGAACAGGGCAAAAGCAGAAGUCUCAGCAAGCAUAAUGAGUCUCUACAAGCCAAGCAAGAAGCCCUGCUAUCUAAGAUGAGCUUGCUGGGACAAAACAAUGAAGAGUUUUCAUCACAAGUUGCUGAUAUUGAAGAGGAAAAAUUAGCCCUGGAGAAUAAGCUCACUGAGCUGAAAGUAGAAACCAAAGAGCUAAAGCAAAAGCUGAAAGAAAAUAAGGUGAUUAUAAAAAACCUUGAAAAAGAGAAGAAAAAACUAGAGAAGUCUGUGAAAGCAGCGCAGGAGUCUGUGAGUGCCUUAACAUCAGAACUGGAAGAAGCCAAACAGAGAGAGAGGCUGAUAGUGGAGUAUCCAGAUCUAAAUGGCCCAGUCAACUCUGACCUUCAUGGGUCUGGAGACAUUGCCACAGACAUGAGGAACCAGAUUAAAGCCAACAGAACCAGGAUCAGAUUGCUGGAGGAACAGAAUGAGAGCCUGGCCCAGUCAGUGAAGAAAAUCUCAAACCUACAGAACAACUACAAGGAAGAACCCAAUGAAUUUCCCAUCAAGCCCGAGCCACUGUGGCACCAAGAAACUUUUGCUAAUGCUGGCUCCAACAUUGACAGGAUGCCAAGCUUGAGAGAACAGCACUCAUACAGACAAACACUGAAUUCAGCAAAUUUAAAAGAGGAAAAUUUUGAAAUCCCCAAAAUGAAAAAAUUAGCUUGGGAAAAUGAGAAUCCAGUGGGUGGAGAUGUUAUUUUACCAGCAGCUAGUCCUGAAUUUUUAAUUGGGCAUGGAUUUUUAAAUUCUAACAACAACCACAGUACUGAGAGGCCGCCAGACUCUCUCCUUAAAGGGAAGUCACUCUCAAUAAAGUCUCGACCACCAAGUGGCAAGCUGGGCGCAGUGAUGGCCCCUGUUAAUGCAACACCCAAUGGCGCCUACACACAGAUGAAAAAAGCAUUGGGUGCUCUAAGUGUCAAAGACCUGAACAAAAAAAGUAGAGUUUCUUCAGGAGAAAGCAGAAACAAUCUAUCCACCCACACCAACAGGAAUCAAACACUGCCUUAUUCAUGUCCACAGUGUGAUAAGAUGUUUACACUUCUUCGGGAUUUGGAGAUUCACAAAAUGUAUUGUAACUAAUGAGAUGAGGUGUUACACAAACUGCAGCCAAUAAAAUAGAGUGUUUCAUGUGUUGUAAGAAAUGAUAUGUUACACAUGUUGUACCCAAUGAGAUGAUCUGUCACGUUCAGCUGGAUUUUUAAUAAUAAAUAAUUUUUGUAUAUUUUAUAUUUAUUAUAACUUAUUAAUUCUUAAAUGACUAAUAAAUAGCCUAACA